CCAAGCUGUAUGCGAGGUGUCCAUUGUCAAAUGCUACUGCUUUUAAUAAUAUUUUUGACAUUUAGAAGAUAUCACAGUAAACAUAUAAAAAACAUGGCAGACGAAAAUCCCCAAAAUAAUGAGAAUAAUCAACAGCAGAAUCAAUCUCCAACCGUAAAGCAAUACCUUAUCACUAACAAAUACGAUACAUGCCUCUGGUUAAUCCGCAUCUACAUGAUAUUUAGCACAGUUCUAUAUAUAGUUCCGUUACUUGGUAUGCAGUUUAGUGCAAGUUCUUACAAAAUAGUUUUGAUUGGUUCUGCUGCAAUAUCAGCGUUAAGAAUACACCAAAGAAUGCCAAGAAUUCAAUUUUCGGUGGAGUUUGCUAAGCAGUUGGUGUUGGAAGAUAGCUUUCAUUACUUUAGUUACAGUGUUUUGUUCUUAAUUGGAAGUCAACCGGCUACUGUCAUACUGAUGCCAAUAUUUAUUUUUGCUGUCAUGCAUGCUGCCACUUACACCAGAAAGGUUAUUGAAGUCAGUGGCACCGAAAACAGUUUAGUUUUAAAAUUACGCCAGUUGAUAAGCAAGAUAGAAAAUCGUGAAAUUCAACAGCAAAUGCUCUUGUUCAUCGCAACUACUGAAAUUCUAGUUUUUGCUCUGUCUCUCCUCAUGAUGUUUGGGGGACAAGCUACUAUUUUGGUUCCAUUUUUCUAUUAUCGUUUUCUUCAACUGCGCUAUUCAUCACGAAGAAAUCCAUAUUCAAAGUUGGCUUUCAGUCGCUUACGACUGUCUAUCGAGCAGUUGUCCAAUCAUCCGAAAUGUCCUUCCAUUGGUAGAAAAAUUUUACUUGGUAUCGUAUCCAUUGCAAUUCGUUUUUGUCCCACACAAGCUGCGGCGUAACCUGUACCGCUGACGUAAGAAAAUGGGUAUAAAGAUUCUGAACUUUCAACACUUGACUUGUGCAUUUUUAGUUGCACAAUAGAGGUGUAAUUGAACAGUUAUAUGAAGUUUUAAUUUUCUUAAAUAUUUUGCGUUAAUGUAGUGGCUAGUCUCGUCUUACACGUGGUAAAUUUCCAAUUUA